AUGGAUUUUCUAAGUGCAUUCAAUAAUCUACAUAAUCGUUUAUUUAAUUUGAAAGUAGUUCAAUUGCCUAAAAGAAAACAAUUUACAUUAAAAGAAGUAUCUUCACAUUGUACGGAGAAUGAUUGUUGGAUGGUAAUCAAAGAUCUUGUCUAUGAUUUAACAGAAUUUAUGCGAGAACAUCCAGGAGGCUCCGAUAUAAUGUUGGAAUAUGCUGGUACUGAUGCUACAAUGGCAUUUGCUGAUAAACCUCAUAGUCUAGAUGCAUGGAUGAUCUUAGAUAAAUAUAUCGUUGGUGAAUUGAUACCAGAAGAAAGGAUGUUUGAUCAAGAUAUCUCAUCUUAA